UGCGCGGUUGUAGUAUUAUUUUGUUCAAUUGACGCGCGCGCAUCAAUAUCGCGUGUUCAAGUGUAAAGAAAGAAAUAUGAUUUUAUUUUUUUUAUUUUAUGUGUUUGCUCAAAGUACAGCCGUGAUAUAUCAUUUGAAUGAUGAGGAGUAUGCUCGAAUGCCACCAGUGUUUAACUUCGAUCGUUACGAAAUAUGCGUUAAUCAAAAAGAUGGUAUAUAUUGUACUACGAAUAUAGAUCUAGUUACUGACGAAGAAAAUGAACUUUACAAUAUGAUUCAGGAAUAUAGCGAACGCAAAGACACACAUUAUAACCACACGAGGCUAUUUCACGGCAUUUGUGUCAGCAAAAUGUGUUCAGAAUAUUUGAAGGAAAACUCAUCAGAAGAUUUUAAAAUAAUCGUAGAGAGAUGUUUAAAUGAUACGUAUUGGAAGAAUUAUAAGUUGAAAAGUAAACUAGACGAUAUAUUUUGCAAUAAUCAUAAAAAGCAGAGUGAUAAGUUUGAACUGACCGAUAUUGCCUUUGCAGUGUUUUGUUUCUUUUUAAUUACAUUUAACGUAAUAGGAAGUGUUUAUGAUUUUUUCAUAAAAGGAAAAGAAGGCAACAAAUGGCUACUAUGUUUCUCAAUAAAGCAAAACUGGCGCAAACUUACGGCACCUACGAGUAAAGUUGCGAAGCGGAGGAAUUCCCGUCUUCUCGGACUUAAUGGAAUGAGAUUGAUAUCAUCAGUUUUAGUGGUAGCCUUCCAUUCUAUGCUGCCAUUUAUGAUAGCCGGAGACAAUACCAAGAAAGUAGAAGAUUCGUACAACAGUAUAUUAUAUCACCUGUUGUUUGACGGCAGUGUACUCGUCCAGACAUUCUUUGUUAUUUCUGGUUGUAUGUUAGCUUACAAUCUGGAUAUGUUUGUGCCAAAAGAAAAAUUAAAUUGGAAGAUAAUACCGUAUGGAACAUAUUUAAGAUGGCUAAGAUUAACUCCUCCGUAUUUUGUUGUAUUAGCAUUUACCAUGACUUGGGCCAGAUUUUUCGGAUCUGGACCAUUAUGGCAUAAAGUCGUAUACAAUGAAGUCCAAGACUGCCGAAGUGACGGAUGGCUAAAUAUGCUCUACGUGAACAAUUACAUAGACAGAUCACAAUGCAUGAUGCAUACUUGGUAUUUAGCAGCAGAUACGCAUCUUUUUAUCCUUGGAUUGGUUAUAUUAGGAGUGGCAAAGAGUAAUAGGGCCAGAAUUGUAAUACUGUCAUUGUUAUUUAGUAUUUCUUUGGUGAUUCCUGCUUUAGAAACGUAUUAUCAAGAUUUACAUGCGUAUUUCACUAUUACUCCCGAAUUCGUUCGAGCACUGUUCAGAAAUAAUCCUACAUUCAAUGCGUAUAGGCGCACUCACACAAACAUAUCUUGCUACAUAACUGGCAUUAGCCUCGGACUUUUGAUAAGUAAAUUACAAAAAAAGAAAAUGAACACAAAAAUAUCUACGAAGUACAAAUAUUGGUAUUGGGCGAUUGUACCGGUUGGUAUGGCAGGAAUACUCACCAGUGGAAUAUUCUAUAUGGACGGUGUGGACGCUCCUCUCAUCUACAAAGCGAUACAUUCAGGCAUCUUGCGAGCUACUGCUGGUAUCAUGAUAAGUGCGAUUAUAUUAGGAAUGGUACUCAGAAUCGAAGAUACUUAUAGAUCUAUCUUGGAAUGGCGUGGCUGGACAACACCAGCGCGACUUUCCUACUCUGCGUAUCUCAUCCACCUCAUUGUUAUACAAGUUCUUACUGGAACUCGAACUAACUUGAUCUACAUAACAGAGUUUCAUAUAAUUCUUGUAACGAUCGGCACGUCUGUGAUAACUUUUCUUAUCGCCGUUCCGUUCUGGUUUCUUGUCGAAGCUCCAAUCUCACAAUUCUUAAAACUUUUGUAUCCUUUAGACUACAAAUAGACUGGUGAUUUAUAAUAAUUUAUAUUUUAAUUUUAGGUAAAAGUAAAUGAGAAUUAUUAUGAAUGUUUAUGGAUUUUAAAAUAUAUUUGCUAGUGUUAUUUAAACUAGUUUACUAGUAAUUAUUGGAAAAAAGGUUUAAAAAAACUAAAACUGCAAAA